AUGAGAACGUACAAUCGAAAACGCAUCAAGCAUCAGUUAAUCGAAGAUGUUCAUGAUUUGUGCAGACUAUGUCUUAAAAAGCCUGAAACAAGUGUACCGAUCUAUAACGGUCAGGACAAUAUAUGCGCUUCUCUGGCGCUGAGAAUUAUGAUUUGCGUUGGCCUUGAGAUCACAAGAGAUGAGUGCCUGCCAAACAUGGUGUGCACAGAUUGUCAUAAAGAAUUAGAAAGAUAUUAUUCUUUCCGGAAAAAAUGUGAAGUAACAUACCAAAAACUGAAAUCACAUGCACUAGCUGUUAAAGAGAGCAAAGAGAAUAAAUCUCUGUCACAGAGCGAGCAAGAGAAUUGCAAAGAAAUGGACGCAAUUAAGGAUGAAGCAUUUGCAAAGGAAAAUCUUAAAGAGGAAUUAAAUGAACAAAGUUUGGCUUAUGAAGAAAACAAUAAAGUAGAAUUAGAUGCAAAGGUUCUGAAUAGUUUGGUUAAGAAUGAGCUAAAUUCAGGUAAUGUUCAAGAGGUGCAAGAGAGUCAUAUUGAAGAAAAGCUGCCAUCAAUGGAUGAUCCGAAGUUUGAGGCAUUACUGUCAACGGUUCUACUUCAAUUAGGUAUCGUUGCAACGGUAAAUGAUAAGUGGACACUAUUGGACAAGAGUGUAAGGACAUUAGAAAUAGAAACGGGUAAUGGAAAAUAUCUAGUAGAACUUAUGGAAGAAGAGGAGGAAAUUAGGCAACAUCUUACCCACCCAGAGACCUUAAAGGAGAUUAAUGACAAUGUUGUGAAUCAAUCCAAAAUAGAUGUCAAAAAUUGCAAAGAGGCCGCCGCGGAGGGCCCUCUUGGCGCGGAGGCGCUGCGCUGCGGCGACUGCGGCAAGCGGUUCGCCACGCGCAGCGUGCUCGCCAGGCACCGGCGCGUGCACUCGGGCGAGAGGCCGCACGCCUGCCGCCUCUGCGGGCGCCGCUUCGCCCAGCGCGCCGUCAUGCUGCGCCACGAGCUCGUGCACAACGAGACGCGGCCGCACCAGUGCCUGCUGUGCCCGAAGAGCUUCACGCAGCGGGGGGCGCUGACGGCGCACGUGCGCUCGCACGCGCCCCCGCAGCAGCGCCCGCUCAGCCUGCACCGCUGCCCGCGCUGCCCCAAGCUCUUCCUCUACGCCUCCGGGCUGUCGCGGCACAUGCGCGCCCACAGCGGCCACGUGUUCGCGUGCAGCGCGUGCGCGCGCCCCUUCCGCGACAAGAGCUCGCUGCUGCGGCACGUGCGCAGCGCGCGGCACCCCGCGCCA